AUGUUAUUUGAAACUAAUCCUCCUCAUUUAAUCGAAGAAACUAUGUUUGAAGUUGUUUGUUUUGAGAGCAAUACAACAUUGAAUCCUUUUGUUAAGUUGAAUUAUACAAUGAUGAAAAAGGGAAAGAUGAAAAAUCCAUGUGAACCAAGUUUAAUUAAAAAAUCUUCAUUAGCUGAUUUGACUGGCACAAUUAAUAAUACAUAUCAUCAAUAUUCAUUCAAUGCUAAAUGUAUCGAUUCUCAAGUAUUUAUUGAUUUAGGUUCGCUAAAUUUUUCAUCUACAUUUAAUGAAAUACAUACCAUAUAUACAAUAUUUAACAAACAACCAGUUGUUUGUCGAUUUAUAUUCAAUCAAAGUGAACUCCCAACAUCUUUACCUGAUAGCACCAAGAAUGUAACUUCAUCCAGCACUGGCGAAGUAACAAUAUUUUCAACGGUUAGUACUACAAUACCUACAACUUCUGUUACGGAAAUCGAUAGCACGAGAGAUAUAACUUCAUUCGGUAAUAGUGAUGUAACAACAUUGUCCACAAUUAGUACUUCAUUAUCAACUACUAUUUUGAUCGAGUUCGAUACUACAAUAUUAUCAAUCAGGAGUAAUAGUCCAACACUACUAGCCACGUCUAUUAUCAGGGACACUCCGACAUCAUCAAGUGAAAGUAGUACACCAAGUAUAACUACGUCUAUACAGAGUAGCGAAAUUGUAUCUUCAACUAUCACAACUACCAAUGCUGACCAUAUUUUGGAUACUACCUUCGAAACAAUAUCCACAACAUUUUUGGGAAGAAGUACAACAUCUUAUAUAAAUGUAAAAAAUAACAAAACAUCGAAAAAAAGCUCGAAAACAUCAAAAAAAUCGAAAACUAGUACUUCAACAACAUCUGUAACACCUUUAAAUAGACUUCCUCCAAAUAAAAAAUCAUCAUCUCGUAACAAAUAUAUUAUAUUUCUCCUUUUUAUCAUUGGCAUUAUUGCCCUGAUGUCAUUUCUUCUUUAUUAUUAUCAACACAAUCGAAAUAGUGAUAUUAAAUCAGUGUUAGAUCGUAAUGAUAGUGAUGAAUCAUAUGAUUCAGUGGCGACACAAUCUGAAAUGGAUUCAUCAAAUGAGUAUGAUAAAGAAACGACGUCUACACAUGCUAUAUCAGAAUUAUCAAUACCUGUGAAACAGCAAGAACAAUCAAAGAAAUCUAGGAAGCAGAACACUGGACGCAUUUUUAGUACGCUAGAUCCAGAUGCUCUUUAA